AUGAAUGAAAUCAGAAAUAUAUUAUUAAUUGGUCGCACUGGCGGCGGAAAAAGCACAUUAGGAAAUGUAUUAAUCAAUAAAAGCGAUAAUUUUGAAAUAGUCUUUGAUGAAAGUGAUGGUUCAAUUAGUGCAACCAAAAGCGUUAAAGAAGCAAUGGCAGAAAUUAAUGUUGAUCGAGGUGAAGAACAACAUUUGGAAGAAUACCGUAAAUUGCCAGUAGCGAUAACAACGGAAGUAGAAUCUUAUGCAGGAUGGCUAAUGGAUGCUGAGAACGAAAACUUUCAACCAGAAUUACAAAAAUUACAAAGCAUGCUUGCAUCUCCUUACGCACGAGAUUAUUUAACAAAUCACUUUCCAAUAAGAAUGAAUGGAUGGAAGAAUCAAAGAACAUUACCACAGGCACUUCCUAAUGAACACUGA